CUAUAAAUGGAUAUAUGUACGGGAAUCAGAAAGGCCUUGAGAUGUGUCGUGGAGAGAUCGUUUCCUGGCAUUUGAUGGGCUUGGGAUCUGAAGUUGACAUUCAUGGAAUAUAUUUUUCAGGAAAUACUUUGGUGAUUAAAGGGACGAGGAAGGAUACAGUUAAUCUUUUCCCGCAUACCUCUGCCACAGCUGUUAUGAAGCCUGACUCAGAAGGUAUUUUUGAAGUGGCCUGCCUCACAACAGAUCAUUACACAGGUGGUAUGAGACAGACAUAUCAAGUAAAGAGGUGUGGUUCUUCAGCAAAAGAUGAGCAAUACACUCAUCAGAAGACCUACUACAUUGCAGCCAUAGAGCUCGAAUGGGACUAUUCCCCUAACAGGACAUGGGAGCAAGAGAGGCAUCAGUUCCAUGAUGAGAGUCCAGGAAAUCCAUUCUUAAACAAGGAAGAUAAAUUCAUUGGGUCAAAAUACAAGAAAGUGGUUUAUCGGGAAUAUACUGACCAAACAUUCAGCACCCUUAAAGAACGGAAUGAAGAGGAGGAGCAUUUGGCAAUCCUAGGUCCUCUGCUUCUUACAAAUGUUGGAGAUAGAAUUAGAAUUAUUUUCAAGAACAUGGCCUUUAGGCCUUAUUCUAUCCAUGCACAAGGAGUGAAAACUGAUUCUCCAGCUAUAACAGAAACAAGUCCAGGUGCAACACAGGAGUAUAUCUGGGAAAUCCCAAUGAGAUCUGGUCCUGAGGAAGGGGAUUCUGCUUGUAUUCCCUGGGCAUAUUAUUCCACUGUGGAUAGAGUUAAGGACAUCAAUAGUGGAUUAAUAGGGACACUUGUUGUCUGUCGCAAGGAAGUUAAUCGUGUAAUUCCAGAGUCCAAAAUUCUGCAGUUUGCUCUUCUUUUUAUGGUGAUUGAUGAAAAUGAAUCCUGGUACUUGGAUGAAAAUAUCAAGAUAUAUUCUGCCAAUCCAGGAGAUGUAAACAAGGAAGAUGAGGAAUUCAUUGAAAGCAAUAAAAUGCACGCCAUUAAUGGAAGAGUGUUUGGAAACUUGAAUGGUCUUACAAUGCAUAUUGGAGAUAAAGUAAACUGGUACUUGUUAGGAAUGGGGAAUGAAGUCGAUAUGCACACAGCACAUUUCCAUGGCCAUAGCUUCAAUUACAAGUACAAUAGAACUUUCCGGGGAGAUGUCUAUGAUCUUUUCCCUGGGACGUUUCAAACUGUUGAAAUGUCUCCAAAAUAUCCUGGGACCUGGCUACUGCAUUGCCAUGUGACUGACCACAUCCAUGCUGGCAUGGAAACGACUUACUCUGUGCUCCCAAAUCAAAGCAGUGACAUCAGACAAACGACAGUAUGAGCUUCAGCUGAAAUAUCAAAUUGGAAAAAUGAUUCUAUGGUGAUAAGAUGAGCUAUGCGAUUCCAAGUACUGACAGAUUUUUAAAAUCCCUGAUCAUGAUUAAAAUAAAACUAGUAGAAUGCUUUUGUAUGCAAUGUCUAUCUUAGUUAUGAUCGGUAGGGAUUUUAAUUUUCUAGAAAGGCCUAUUCUAUUUCUAAUUUCACAACUUUUCUGUUAGCUUUCUAGCUCAAUUAGUUUUCUGUUAAAAAAAAUUAAACUAGCCUUGAAGAUUCUUCAGAUGUUAAUAUAAAUAUGACAAAAUGAGGUCUGAGUCGUAUUAUAACUGCAGAGAUGGGAGAAAUUAAAGGCAGAUAAUGUAA